AUGGAUUCGAAAACAGCAAUUCAGCUCCUGGAGGCUCAGCGCCAAGUUUGGGAUCACUCCUUCGCCUACAUCAAGACCAUGGCUGUUCAGUCCGCCAUGGAACUGGACAUCCCAGGUGUGGUCCAGAGCCACGGCAAGCCCAUCACCGUCCGCGAGCUGGGCUCGGCCCUGAAAAUCGCACCGGCCAGAACCCCUUUCCUGGCCCGCCUCAUGCGGAUGCUGGCCCACAUGGGCUACUUCGUGGAGAAUCUGAAAGACGGCGAUGAUGAAACAGCCACGAGCUAUUCCGCAACGCUGAUGUGUGGGUUUCUGGUCAAAGACAGCCCUUUCAACGCCGCAACAUGGUUCCUCCUAGCCAACGACCCGAUCGCGGUGGACCCGUGGCGCUCUUUCGGCGCUUGGAUUCGUCAACCCCCCGCCGCCGCCGGAGAUUUCCCGUUCACCCAUGCUCACAACGGGAAGAAGCUGUACGAGGUGUGCAGGGAUGUCCCGCGGAUCGCGAAGAUGAUGAACGAAGGGAUCGGAAGAGACAUCUGGCUGUUCAGCAAGGCCCUGCUGGCCAAGUGUGGGUCCCACUUCAACGGUCUCAAGUCGAUCGUGGAUGUCGGCGGCCACACGGGCACGAUUUCCGAGGACCUCGCGGAGGCCUUCCCGGGGAUUCACUGCACCGUCUUCGAUCUCGCCCAGGUGGUCUCUCCGGCUGGUGACGUGUUUCAAGAAAUCCCUCCCGCUGAUGCCGUCUUCCUCAAGGAAGAGUCAUUUUUUUUCUUCUUUCAAUGCAUGCAGUGGGUACUGUGCGACUGGAGCGACGAAUCAUGUGUGAAGAUACUGAAACAAGCCAAGGCAGCGGUGACGAGCAGCAACGGUGGUGGAAAGGUGAUGAUAGUAGAAAUGGUGGCAGGGCACCAGAGCUGCAGCGAUCGCGAAGCGACUGGAACACUCUUGUAUCUUGACAUGGUAAUUAUGAUGACUGUUGAAGGAAAGGUAAGAACCGAACCACAGUUCGCCAAGCUCUUCUCUGAAGCUGGAUUCGCCAGUUACACCAUUACCCCAGUUUGUGGCCUGCGAGUCCUCAUUCAACUCUAUCCUUAA